AUGGGACUGCUAUCAGAUGCGCUGCGACCGCGGCAGCAACAACAACAAUUGCCAGUGUACCAACCGCCCGGCUCCCCGUCGAAAGAACGCUUCUCCGACGACGAAGAUGACUACUACUACUCCGACGAAGAUGACAGCCCUUCGUCGUCGUCACGGCCGAGCCACUCCGGCUACAGCUCGCGGAGCGUCUCAGACACAAUGGGCAGCAGUGGCGGCGCCGCGCUGCUCUUGCCGAAGAGGCCCAAGAACACGUCAUUCACUGGAUAUUUCAGCAGAUUCCGCUUUCGGCUGCCGACAAAAGUGACGCGCUAUGUGCUGCUCGUAGUCAUGGGCACCACGCUGCUCUUCAUCUUCUCGUUGGUACGGGCCAGCCAGGUGGAGAACUGGAAAGUCGUUAACGGCGAAGUCCCGACACGGCCAGCACCUCCGCCGGCGUGGGAGAAGUUUCCUUUCUUGGAGCGGUACUAUGGCGGGAUCAGGACGUUGAUGCCGCUCAACGAAAGCGAGCCAGAGUACCCUCGCGAGAACGAACCUGUUUCUCUGGGUGGCCCCGGUUCUGGAGAGGAAGUCGAUGAGAAUGAGGGAAGAUCCGAGACAAAGCCCGAUGAGAGGGUAGAGACGAUCGAUAAGAAGGCGGUGCCUCCGAGCUCGGCUUGGAGCAACUAUCGCCAUCGGUCGGUAGAGGCCAAUGUAAAGGAGUGCUUCAUUGAUACAGCGAAUCAGAUUCGGGUUCCCGAGCUCCGUUACUACACCGGUCGACCCCAUGGCUUCCCAAAUCACAUUGGCGGCUCUUACGAGUUACUUAACCUGCCAGAAGACAUUUGCUUUGAGCGAUAUGGCCGCUAUGGUCCCUAUGGCUUUGGCUACUCCUCUCGUAUGGGUGGUCUCGGUACCGGCGAGCAUAGCGAAAAUGAAGGAGCCGAGCUCGUCUGGGAUAGCAGACCGCAUGUUAACUUCGGAGAGGUGGAUUGGGCAGAUGCCCAGCGUCGCUGCUUGCAACUCAACGCUCACAGAUUCAAGGCAGUACCGACAAGAAAGGCCGGUCCUCAGGGUUUCAUCAAUGCCGUGCCCGAGACUGAUAAUAAGCAAAAGCGUGAAGAGACUGCGGCUGACGCGCCGCCUUCAUCUGUAAAGGAGGACGGUAAGGCAACGGCUGAAGCUACUGAGACUGCGAGCAGUGGCGGUCUUACGAAGACGGGACGAACCGCUAUUGUCUUCCGCUGCUGGGACGAAUUCUUCUUCCGCGAGGACGACAUUGCCAACCUGAGAUCCAUGAUUAUCGAGCUCUCUCUCGGCUCUGGCGGUAGAUACGACGUGCACCUCCUGGUUCAGGUCAGGAAUGAUGCUGCCCACCCCGUCUGGGCGGACCAAGAAGUCUACGAGAAGCGAAUCCGUGAUGUCAUUCCCAAAGAGUUCCAGGGCCUUGUUACGUUAUGGACUGAAACACAAAUGCUCUCACUCUACCAGGGCAUUCACGACAAGUGGACGGUCGGACCCGACCACUCGGUCCACGGCUCCUACCGCGGACUUGUCAUGGCCAUGCAGCACUUUGCCUACCUGCACCCCGAGUAUGACCACUUUUGGCACUGGGAGAUGGAUGUUCGCUACACCGGCCACUACUACGACCUGCUGACCAAGAUUGAGUCGUGGGCCAAGGAGCAGCCGCGAAAAGGUCUUUGGGAGCGCAACGCACGAUUCUACGUUCCCGCGACGCACGGCUCGUGGGACGAUUUCAAGCACCUCGCGCGCGUGCAGACCGAGACAGGUACGCUCUCGGCGGAUAAUGUCUGGAGUAACCUGCCCAACCUGGACGAGGACGAGCCGCAGCGGGCCCGCAAAGGCGACCGGUCCGUCUGGGGCCCGGUGCGGCCCGCCGACGAGAACGACUGGUUCGAGUACGACGACGACCCGGUGCCGCCGACGACGUACGAGAGCGACAAGUACCAAUGGGGCGUCGGCGAGGAGGCCGACUACAUUACGCUCAACCCCAUAUUCAACCCCGAGGGCACGACGUGGGGCCUGCGCGACGACAUUACCGGCUUCAACGAGUCACAGUCGCCGCCGCCGCGCCGCGCGAGCAUCAUUACGACGUCGCGCAUGAGCCGCCGGCUGCUGCUGUCAAUGCACCGCGCGACGACGCUUAAAAAACAGUUUGCCUUUGCCGAGAUGUGGCCGGCGACGACGGCGCUGCACCACGGAUACAAGGCCGUCUUCGCGCCGCAUCCGCUCUUUGUAGACCGCCGCUGGCCCGUCGAGUACCUGGCCGGCACGCUCAACGCGGGCCGCAACGGCGCCGCGGGCGGCGCCCGCGCCAGCGUCUACGGCGCGCGCGAGCACAACCUCCGCGGUCUCUCGUGGUUCUACAACACGGGCUUCGCGCCCAACCUGUACCGUCGCUGGCUCGGCCUCCGCGUCAACAAUGACGGCGGCGACGCGUUUGAGAAGACGGAGGACAAGAGCAGGCUGGGUACCGGCGCCGGCGUCGGCGGCAUGCCGGGUGGAGAGGGGCGCAUGUGCCUCCCGCCGAUGCUGCUGCACCCGAUCAAGGAGGUUGAGCUCGCGGUCGAGGCGCCCCCAGAAGAAGGCGAGAAGGCGCCAGAGUCGGAUCCUACAGCGUAA